AUGCAAGCUUCAUUAAUCGCGAACUGCGUCUUCAACGCCUUCUUACCUUUUACCGCCAUAACGCUUAACAUUGUGACAAUACUCGCUCUGAGAAAACCAUUGACGAUACCAGGAGCUCUAAAAGUAUUGCUGCUGAGUCUUUCUGUAUCUGAUCUUGGUGUUGGUUUACUAGUUCAACCUUUGUAUAGUACAAGUCUUGUCAUGCUGAUAAAAGAAAACACUCGAACUCGAACUUUUGAGAUUACUUUGAACUUUUUAAAUGGCACAGCGACUUUUCUUGCUUUUACCUCGUUCUUUAGUGUUGUAGCUCUAGCCGCAGACAGAUUCUUGGCUGUUCAUCUCCAUCUCAGAUACCAGGAACUAGUGACUCACAAGCGCGUUGUUGCUGUAGUGAUAUCGAUUUGGAUCAUAAGUGCAAUUCUGAUGUUAGUGUUCAUAUGGGAACCGUCAAAUGUUGCCAAGAUUAUUUUAGUAUUUGUUGAAAGCGUUUGUUACCUAACUACAGCCUUCUUUUAUUUCAAGAUCUACUUAGCUGUACGUCACCACAGCAAUCAAAUUCACGUCCUGCAAGCACAGCUAGCACAGAAUAAUGAGGGAGCUGACAUGACUAAUUCGGCGAGGGAGAGAAAAGCUGCAGUUGGAACAUUCUACGUGUAUCUUGUGUUUCUGAUUUGUUAUCUGCCAAACACAAUUUGUUCCUUGAUUACCCUUAGAAGCGCUGGACCAAGUACGAUGCUAUUUCAGUUUGGACUUUAUGCUGGCACGCUGGUGAACCUCAAUUCAUCUCUCAACCCUCUGAUCUACUCCUGGAAGAUGAGACAUCUUCGACAUGCUGUCAUGGAAAUACUGAGAAACAUACUGCCACAUCCACACCAGUGA